AAAAUUCAGAUUUAAUAUAUUAAUCAUAAUUUUGAAAAUUUCAAAUAAAGUGUUGAUAAAUAUUAAUAAUAAAAAAAACAAAUUAAAUAGUUUGUUAAAUAGUUAGUUAGUCCAUAAUCAUAUAUCUAGAAUUACAAGAAAUAAAAAAUAAUAUAAAUGAGAUCUCAAUAGCAAAAACUAUCAGAUUCAGCCCAACGUAACAGAUAAGGAGGUGAAGUAAUAGGCUUAGCUUAAUAAAAGUAAGAAAGAAGAGCUGUUUUAGAAGCUUCUCCUUUUGCUAAUAAUCAUGAAACAUUUAUGAAGGAUUAAAUAUUAGAGUUCUAUGACUUAUUCGAACUUUACUUCGAUAAAUAAAAAAGAGGUGUUGACAUUAAUGAUAUUUUAGCAACUGCAAGAACUCUUGGUUUAGAUUCCAAAUAUCAAAUGGUAUAUAAGGUUCUUUCUUAGAUUUAAUAAGAGCAUCACGACUAAUCAAGAAGACUCAAUAAACCUGAUAAUGUGGAUUUCAAAGAGUUUAUUGAUUUGCUAUCAUUGAAAUUGGGUAAUAUAAAUUCAGAAUAGGGAGUCGAUGCUAUAUUCAGAUUAUUAGAUAAUGAUGAUGAUGUUAAUAGCAAAAAAGACUGUGUUACCAAAGAAAAGUUAUUAAAGGUCGCUAACGAUUUAAGAUAUAAUUUAAAUGAAGACGAAGCAAUACAAAUUAUAUAAAAUGUUGCAGGUUUCUAAUAAACUGAAUUUACUUAUGAUGAUUUCUAAAAGUUCAUCAAUAAGAAAUUAAAAAGCAGAAGAUAAGAACAAUUAUCAUGA